CCUUCCUUUCUUCUAUCCCUACCCUUCCCUUCCUUGCCCUUUUUUCCUUACUGUGUUAGAUAUUUGAAAAUUUCGUUUCGUUCGAAGUACCCGUGAAAUCAUAAACAAAAGUGUUUAAACAAAGUAAUCGACAAUAAUAAUUUCAUAUAUAAAUGUUGAAAAAUUAAAAUAUAUUUAAAUACAUAUACAUAUAAAUAUAUCUAUCUAUAUAUAAAAUAUUAUAUAUAAAAUGAUUGACCAUUGGUGGUAUCGGUAGUUCGUGAUUCUUUUCGGUAGGCAUGACGUCCCCGUGACAUGUUAGCCCGUGACCUUGAGUGGCGCAAUUACAACAUCUUCCGUGGAGAAGUUCGACUCCCGGUGCGCGGCUCGAGUGAAGAAAACAGCCGUUCGUUUAUCGAUACUUAUCAAAUUUAUUAUCACCAUCACCACUAUCAUCACUAUCAUCAUCACUAUCAUCACCCUCAUCAUCAACAAUAUAAUCAUCAUAAUAACCAAGAACGACAAUUGUCAAGCAAUCGUCAAAUCGCAUAUCGUUUUUUGCCAUUGUUGCAAUUGAAACCGAACUUUGUUGUAUCGUAUGUACUAUGUUGGAGAUUACCUGUUAACGGGAUUUAUCAAAUUGAUUUUUUACUGCAUCAUCAACAUCAUCAGCAUCAUUACCAUUAUCAUCAUCAUCAUCACCAUCAUCAUCAGCAUCGACAACAGCAACAGUAUCAGCAAAAGCACCAACAGUGUCACCAAUACCAACAACGUUAUCAACAACAAUUAUUAUCACGAGAAAGUGAAUUUCUUCGUUACAAUCGACAACGUUGUCGUCGUUAUUUCGAAGGUACCAACACCACCAGGACUACGACACCACGUAUACGAGCUAAUUCAUCGGCGUUACAGCAUCUUCAAGGAUAUCGACUAUCUCUUCGUUACAACGCUAAUUCUGAUCGUCUUGGAAUGGAAAAAAG